UGGGGUCUAUGGGGUCCCUAUAGGUGGCUGUUCCGGGACGGGCUCCUGCCGGAGCAGCUGUGGGUUGUGGGGUUUGCACGGACCCCGUUAACGGUGCCACAGCUCCGGGAAAUGGUGCUGCCCCAUAUGAAGGUGACCCCGUCGGACACGCCCCUUUUGGAGGACUUCCUGUCUCGUUUGAGUUUCGUUUCCGGUCAAUAUGGCGACCCGGAAGAUUUCCGGAAGUUAGAUGAUCACGUGGUUGCUUUGCCGGGCGGAAGUCGAGCUCAUCGGAUCUUCUAUCUCGCUUUACCUCCAAGUCUCUAUGGCACCGUCAGCACCAACAUCCGGCACCGCUGCAUGGGGGGCGGUUGGACCCGCCUCAUAGUGGAGAAGCCGUUUGGUCGGGACUCGGCGUCGUCGCAGGAGCUGACGGAGCAACUGAGCGCGUUGUUCAGGGAGGAGCAGCUCUAUAGGAUGGACCAUUACCUGGGCAAGGAGAUGGUGCAGAGCCUUAUGGUGCUCAG